CGCUACUUUCUAUACCGCUGCUUGCUGUGCCAAGUAUUGGCACUAUCGGAACCUUUGCCGCUUCAUGUUGCGGAGCCGCGACAUGCUCUGCUGUCUUCAGCGCCUGUGGAAAAUGUCAAAACAGCAUGGCUACUCGUAUCGCAUACGCACUCAUACUCCUCGUCAACUCAAUCAUAUCUUGGCUUAUGCUCACGGACUGGGCAAUGAAGAAGUUGGAACACUUGACGCUUGACUACAUGCACUUUUGCACCGGCGGAGAUUGCUUUGGGUUCGUCGCAGUACAUCGAAUGAACUUUGCGUUAGGUAUCUUUCAUGCGAUCAUGGCUACAAUGUUACUUGGCGUUCGCUCCUCGAAGGACGGUCGCGCGCCCAUCCAAAACGGCUUCUGGGGCCCAAAGAUACUGGCCUGGGUCGGUCUUAUCGUCGUAAGCUUCUUCAUACCGGAGACCUUCUUCGCGACGUGGGGCAAGAACCUAGCUUUAAUCGGCGCCAUCCUCUUUCUCUUCAUCGGCCUAAUACUACUCGUGGACCUCGCGCAUAACUGGGCCGAAUUUUGCCAGGAGAAGAUCGAGACUGCCGAAUCGAGAGUAUGGACUGGUCUGCUUGUUGGAACUACGUUGUCCAUGUACUUGGCUUCCUUUGCGAUGACCAUCGUCAUGUAUAUUUUCUUCGCGAAGAGCGGAUGUCAAAUGAAUCAGGCUGCAAUCACGAUCAAUCUUCUCCUUGUAUUCAUUGCUUCGAUUGUAUCGAUCCACCCAGUUGUUCAGAACUACAACACUCGCGCAGGUCUAGCCCAGUCGGCCAUGGUUGCAGUGUAUUGCACAUACUUGACGAUGUCUGCUGUAGGGAUGGAGCCGGACGAUCACCAAUGCAACCCUCUUAUCCGCGCUCGAGGCACACGUCGCGCUUCAAUUGUUGUUGGAGCCAUUGUGACUUUCGUAACUGUUGCAUACACCACGACUCGGGCCGCCACUUAUGGCUUGGCCCUAGGAAGCCAAGGCAACUCAUACUCACAACUCGCAACCGAAGAUUACGAGGCAGGCCCAAUCUAUACCCAACCCGAAAGCCGCCGUGAAUUACGAACGGCUGCACUACGCGCUGCAGUCGAAAGUGGAAGUCUACCGGCCAGUGCUCUCGAUGAUGAUUCUGACGACGAAUCCGACGACGGCAAGAACCAUCCACGAGACGAUGAACGUAGCCAGACACAGUACAACUAUGCCAUGUUCCACAUCAUCUUCUUGCUCGCCUGUUGCUGGGUAUCGACGUUGCUCACAAUGAACUUCGACGAAACGAGUCACGACGACUUUGUUGCAGUCGGAAGGACUUAUUGGGCAAGCUGGGCAAAGAUCGUCAGUUCUUGGGCUUGCUAUGGUAUCUAUAUCUGGUCUCUGGUUGCGCCAGUGGUGGUGCCUGAUCGAUUCGAUUAUUAAAUAUUGUACGUCCGUCCAGGGAGCAUUGUACUGUAUAGUUUGUCAUUGUCCUCUCGUAUUCCUAAAUCCCUACAACUACCAAUUUACCUUGAUGUCUUGGCUUUCACUGCACAUGUCUAGGCUCUGUUUAAGUAUUUAUUAACCACGCAGUGAUAACUGUCUGAUAUUCUGAGCUUGUUUGAGGUUUGAACAAGAAUCUUGAAACAAACACACGUCUAUCUCACCAAAUCACUAUUCUAUCGAUGCAUGCGAUGUGGCUUGGAGCUAGUAAUAAAAG